AUGACCGCACUGUGGUCGCUCGGACUCUCACUCGCCGUCCCGCUGCUGUCGCUCACCCUCCUUCUCGCCUCACUCCGCCGCUACCUCAUCCCGCGACGCUCACUCGCCCAGCGUCUGCGAGUGCUCGCAAAGUUAGGCUACACCUCGCCUCACAUCCGCAUCGUCGGCUUCUUCCAUCCCUACUGCAAUGCCGGCGGAGGAGGAGAACGCGUGCUGUGGACUGCGCUCGCGUGCAUGCAGAGGGCGAUGAAGGGCGAGGCGGUUGUCUUCGUCGUCUAUACGGGCGACGUCGGACACGGUAAGGCGUCCAAGGAGCAGAUCCUGGCGAAAGUCAAGUCCCGCUUCGACAUCACCCUCUCCCCCUCGACCCUCCACUUCAUCCCGCUCGAGAACCGCUGGCUCGUCGAAGACUCGACUUACCCGCGCCUCACACUGCUCGGCCAGAGCUUCGGGAGCGUUCUGCUUGCGCUGGAGGGACUGAUCGGGCCGGAGGGAUGCGUGCCGGAUGUCUGGAUUGACACGAUGGGUUACGCUUUCGCCUAUCCGCUCGUCAAAUACCUCUGCCGCAUUCCCGUCGCAAGCUACACCCACUACCCAACAAUCAGCACCGACAUGCUCCACCGUGUCUCAUCCCGCCUCUCAACCCACACCAACUCGACCCUAAUCGCCUCCUCCCGCGCACUCUCGGCUCUCAAGCUCGCUUACUACGUCGUCUUUGCGAGGGUGUACAGCUGGAGUUUGAGAAAGGCGGGAGUUGUGUGGGUUAAUUCGAGCUGGACGAGGGGGCAUGUGGAGGGGUUGAUUGGAGCGAAAAGGGAGGAGGAGGAGGAGGAUAAGGAGGGCGAGGUGCUCCUCGACAAUGGGGAGGAGUCAAGCACGACGAAGCUGCGUCAACGGCGGACGUUGACAAAGGCCGAGCCAGCGAUCGCCGCCGCCGCCCCUCCUCGCACGCCGAAGAUACCCAGCACCUCACCUCGCAUCCGCCUCCUCUACCCGCCCUGCGACACCGUCCACCUCUCCUCCCUCCCGCUCUCGACCUCCUCACGCAUCGGCCUCUCCGAACCCAUCAUCAUCAUCUCCCUCGCCCAGUUCCGACCCGAGAAGGAGCAUUCAACCCAGCUGCACGCUCUCGCAUUCCUCCUCUCCUCGCCUACCCUCUCUCCAACCCUCAAGGCGCGAGUCAAACUUGUCUGCGCCGGUUCAGUGCGGAACGAAGCGGAUGCGCAGAGAGUCGAGGCGCUUCGAGCACUUGCGCGGGAGUUGGGUGUCGAGGACAAGGUCGAGUUUGUGGUGAAUGCCGGAUAUGCGGAGAUCUGCGAGUGGAUGGGAAAGGCGAGCGUCGGGCUGCAUACGAUGGUGGAUGAGCACUUUGGGAUCACGGUCGUCGAAUUCCAGGCUGCUGGCCUAAUCCCUCUGGCGCACGCCUCAGCCGGUCCCUUGCUCGACAUCCUCCUCCCCUCCCCUUCCGGCACCCCAACAGGCUUCCUCGCAGCCUCCGCCUCCUCGCCCACCUCUUCUCUCCCCGGAUCUUUCGCCGCCCAACUCGAAUACAUCGUCUCACUCCCCGAGGACGAGCAAGACCAGAUCCGUGAGGCGGCGAGACGGAAUGCGCAGGAACGGUUUUCGGUGCGGAGGUUUGAGGAGGGGUGGAUGAGUGGGUGGAGGGAGGUCUUGGGCGAAAAGGAGGGGUGGUAG